CCAAGAUGGACAUGGAAGUGGAUGAGGGAGGUGUAGGAGCACUAGUGCCUCACAACAGUCACAGAGUAGCAUUUAUGGCGAUUCAUCUGCUCAAAGUGACAAUUUUUCUUUUUGUGUGUGUGUGAUUACUAUGGGACACUCAUCCUCUUCCUCUAAAAAACAGGAGCGAAGGGGAGAUAGAUGAGCUAGGGGAAGCUUGCUGGGAUUCAGUCUUAUAGAUUCAAUAGAAGUUCAUCCGGUUGGCUGAUGGAGGAGUGAGAAGUUUUUAAAAAAAAAUCCCUGAUGCACUUUUGUCAAGAGGUGAAGUUGUUUUGAGCAAAAAAGAAGAAUACUGACGGAGCAAAUAAUGGAGAACAGUUCCAACAAGAAGCACACAACAGAAUUGUUCCUGUGUGAGAUAAAAGAAGGUCUGACAGAUACGUUUUUAUAGUUUUUUAAGAGCGAAGGACAACAUUGGAACAGUGUGUCUAAAACAAAUUGUAUCAAGUAUCAAGGACUAGAGGACACAGUUUGGACUCAGCAUUUGACAGAAGAUGAAGUUCGGAAGCAGUUUUUGCACCCUGAACGUUGGCGGUCGCAGGUUUCCCUUCUCGGUGGAGCUGAUGAAGCACCUCCCACUGAGCAGACUCAGCCGCCUGUAUCGCUGUGUGUCAGAGAGCGAGUUGCUAGAGCUGUGUGAUGACUACGACCGUGACAGAAACGAGUUUUUUUUCGACAGGCACUCUGAGGCCUUCAGCUUCAUCAUGCUGUACCUGCAGCAUGGCAAGUUGCGCUUCGUCCCACACAUGUGUGAACUGUCGUUCUAUAACGAGAUGCUCUACUGGGGCCUCGAGAGCGCGGACCUCCAACUGUGCUGCCAGCGGCGGCUGGAUGAACGUCUGUCUGACUGCUUUGUCCACUUCUUCCCGGAAGAGGAGCCGCAAGACCCUGAGGAACCACCAGACCAUUGGCUGGAGAAGAUGAGGAGGACGUUUGAGGAGCCCACAUCCUCGGUGGCGGCACAAAUCCUGGCCUCUGUGUCUGUGCUGUUUGUUCUUAUCUCUAUGGUGAUGUUGUGUGCCAGCACCUUGCCAGAGUGGAAAGCCGAGACACUGGAUGAACACAGGAUCAUUGAGGCGGUGUGCAUUGGUUGGUUCACCGCCGAGUGCAUUGUCCGCUUCAUCGUGUCUCGAGACAAAUGUGAGUUUGUGCGGCGUCCUCUGAACAUCAUUGACCUGCUGGCUAUCACUCCUUAUUACAUCUCGGUUACCGCGACGGUCCUGACGGGAGAGAACUCUCAGCUUCAGCGAGCUGGCGUGACGCUGCGGGUGCUGCGCAUCAUGAGAAUCUUCUGGGUGAUCAAGCUGGCACGCCACUUCCUGGGCCUGCAAACCCUAGGCCUGACGCUGAGACGAUGUUAUCGCGAGAUGGUAAUGCUUCUGGUGUUCAUCUUUGUUGCCAUGGCCAUCUUUAGUGCGCUGGCCCAGCUUUUAGAAGGAGGUAACCAAGACUAUACUAGCAUCCCUGCUGCCAGCUGGUGGGUCAUCAUCUCCAUGACUACAGUAGGCUAUGGAGACAUGUACCCAGUGACUAUGGCAGGUCGCGUACUGGGCGGUGUCUGUGUCGUGAGUGGAAUUGUGCUUCUAGCCCUGCCGAUCACCUUCAUUUACCACAGUUUUGUGCAGUGCUACCAUGAGCUGAAGAUGCGUUCGGCACGCUGCAUCCGCAGUUCGUCGACUGAUUUCAUUGACUGACGGACACAUCAUAGGAACACUACAGGAGGAAAUAUUAUCCAAAGGACUGAGAGCAACUGGACAUGCGACAGGUGAAUGCAGGUACCAUAGAUUAUUAACCUAUUUUUGAACUGCAGGAAAGGCUUCCAUGUAUGUGAAGUUUUUCAGUCCCUAACAGUUCAAACAGUCUAGUAGAUUACAAUAAGAGCCUGUUAACACGACAGUGCACAGUUUUGUGUUUUUACUGAAACCUGUAUCAAUUGGGGCAUUUUUGACAUGGCAGCAUCUAUUAGGGAUCAGAAUGUUUAAAUACCAGUUGUCAAAGCUCACGUUUCGAAAUAUGGCACCAUCAUCAUAUCAAUGUGAACAUUGAAAAGAGCCGUCUGUGAAAAUGUUCUGCAUACACAAGUACAUCAAAACCCUAUUUGGGUUUGUGCUUUUAAGACUUCUCCAGCAAUGUGUACUACUUUACAACUUCACGCAUCACAUACAACAAAUUCUAACUUGCAUGUACAAAUUAAACCAAUGAAUAUUAGUGAAACUAUGCUAUUGCGAGAACAAGCUGUUGCAUUGUUUCUCGCUCUUGUUUCUAAGUGACUUUGCAAACAACUUGUAUGCCAUAUUAUAUUAUAUUAUAAUAUAUUCCAGCGUUUACAGUCAUUUUUGUAAGGUUGUUAUCUAUUAGCUUUUUAAAACCCCACUGAAAAAUGUUUUUGUACCCUAAAAACAACUAGACUUGGAACUGUAAACCACAAAGGUAGCACAUUGCUGAUUUAUUCUUUGAUUCAUGUACUAUAUUAGUCUUAAGUAACGGUUAUUCAUCUUUAUAUUUUCUAUAUUGUAUAUCCUGUCAGGGAAAAGUAGGGUGGAGCUGGAGAAUCUCAGCUGGCUGAGAUUGACUACACCCUGGUUGCCAGUUGAUCACAGGGAUAAUGUGAAAAACACAGUGGGAAUUGUUAUGACAACAGCUGCAUGAAAGUCAGCUAUGUGAACUAUUACACUACCAAUACCUUUAGUAACCUUUAGAUCGUCAACAUUGUAAAAACAAAGAAUGUUUUUAAAAUGGUGCUUUUUGUUGUCCCCACUCAUUGCUUUCAUUACUUCGCUACACAAGAAGGACAGUUAUUCAAUAUCCUUGAUAGUCAGCUUAAGGUCCAACUACUAGUAUGCUUUUGUCCUCAAAUGUAAGACAAUUUGGCACACUAGUAGAACAUUUGUGUCUUACUCAUACCAUUUUUCCACUAUUGUCUGCCACUACUGUAUGAUAUUUCUGCACAUUAGUAGGACAACUUUGUCAUACUUGUAGAACAACUGCAUGUUACUUACUAGUGAGGCAACACUGUGCACUACUUGACAUUUGCAUGCUACUAAAACUACUAGUGAAGCGUUUGGAUCUUCACUAGUAGAAUUUUUUUAAUGUUACUAAUAUUCCUAUAACAGUUUUGCCUAACUCGUAACAUGUACUUACUUGUCCUACUAGUGAGGGCAAAGAACGUACUAUCACAUGGACCUUAAGAUGGAUAUCAAGGAUAUUGAAGCACUGAGCAUUUGCUUGAUGUCAUUGAUUUUGAAGUCAUCGGAGCAUUUCUUUGAUAACCUUGAUAACCAUCUUAAGGUUGUACUAAUAGGCCAAAAGUGGCACUAGUAGUGGAAAAAAAGUUGCCAGUAGUUGUAAUAGUCAUUCAACUAGUGUGCUGAAUCGUCUUACUUGGAGAAGAACAGAGUUACAGUAUAUCAAGGAUACCGAAUAAAUUCUCAAGGCUUAAAAAUCUAGUCAGUAGACAGCGGUGUGUUUUGCUCUACCUUUGACUGGUAUGAAUUAUCUAUGACUUCGGCCCCCCAACGAAAGGGGGGCUGACAGCUCCUGCAAACACACCUUUACAAUUCACAUUCAAAAUGCAGCACACUGCUGUUGUAUAACAAAUCAAAAUCCGUCAUGGUGCAGUCUUUGAACUGCCUUGCUUCACUCUGCAUAAAUAAAAAAAAAAAAAACGGGCACUUGCCUACAGCAGAAGAGCAUCAGACUGUUGGUUUCUCAGGUACCAAACUAAGCUAACCUCCCUGAUCUGGUUCUCUAUGGUUGUGAUCAUGACUUGUUUCUCCAUUUCUGUGAACUCUAAAAUGCCUGAAUCCUCUAAUAUGAGGAUAAAUGUUAUUAGACCUGGCUGGACCUGUGUUUGAGGUGACUUUGACUGUAGUCUUUUCUCCAUAGCCAUUUACACUCACAUCACUUAUGAACAAUUUAGAGUCUUCAGUUAACCUAACACGUACAACAACCAUUGAAGGGUUUGUAUAACAUAAAACAUUACGCAUAACACGCAAACAGUGCAUUUUGAUCACAAAUGACAAAUACUGUACGUGGCUAGCCAGCGAGCAGCGAACACAAGAAAAUAACAGCAGUGUACUUCUGAUCUCAGUGCUCCUUGUGUUUAUAUGGUUGCCACAUAAACAGCAACUUUUCCAGGGAACCUACCUUUGAUUGCAGAAUGCAGCAUUAUUUAAUUUCAGCCUACUUCUCCCUUUGCACUUCAGAAUGAGUCUGCAGUGAUUCAACCGAGAACUCUCUGAAACACCAGGAGUUAAGCAGACAGUCUGUAACUGAAUACGUUGGACAGUUUGGACAGUAUCGAUAGUUGCCAUGGAAACAGCAUACUCAGACACGGGAAGAUGAAGUGGCGGAAAUGUCAGGCUUCUCGAGCUGCUGGAGUGUGAAUGUCGAUUAUCUCACUCUUGUCCUUCAAAAAAGUGUUGCGGGGCUUAAAUCAAAUCCCAACUAUGCAGUUCGAUCUUUUAAACCUUCGACCUACACUCAAGUGCAAAUAAAAGCGCUUUGAUGAAUUUCCUGAAAUAACAAAUUCAAGGUCGUUUUAAACAAGGAUAGCUAUAAAUGUAUUUGAGCUGUGUUAAUCCAUGUUGUUCACUGAAUUUGUAUUGAUUUAUUCCCAACAGUCUAUUCUCUUCAUUUUGUAGCAUUUCAGUUUUUUGUGCGCACUACUUCUAGUACAUGUGGAUUUUAUAUAUAUUUUUUGUCCAAUCAGAUUUCAGCCUCUGUGUGCUGCCUUGUCAAUCUAAUCUGCCCAGGGCCUUCAGAAUCAGUAGUGCUAGCCGAUAUAAUUGAAACAAUACAAACAAUGGGACUGAUUUCAAAUUCAUCCUGGCCCACGAUGAUGUCAGCAUUUUCAUAUCCUCUGAAUGGUUGGUCAGAAAAAGCGUGUUCCAGUCAACUUCAACUAAAAACAUGCCAAUAGCAAUACUUUCAAUAAUCUGCAUCUUUGGUAAGUAUGAUUGAUUGAUUUAAAGGUUUUAUGCUUUUGUCAUGUUAUUAGAUAAAUAUUGUUUCUGAACUUCUCCAGAUGAUGUACGUGGCACAUGCUGUUAUCUUGCAUUUUUGUACAGUAUUGAUAGUUUGUAUAACUGCGAGGUGAUUCUUGAUUGUUGAAGUCCCUUCUCAAGGUCCAGGUACCAAAUGCACAGCCUGCCACUGGUCUUAAUUAAUUUUUUAAGCAGCGCUUUAUAAUAAUAAUAAUAAUAUAUGAUUG